ACACUAAUUGCCGUUUUGAGACAAUGACGACACUUCUGAAUGAGAGAGAGGCUUUCUGUAUAUUAUCUUUUGUCUUCUUCUUCGUCUCUUACUUCUCCGAUUUGGCUAUCAUCAGUCUUCGGGAACGUUGACCUUGGAGCUCAAGGGUACCAAAUGGCAGGCAGAAUUCGAUUAGAUGCGGUUAUCUCCACGAUAGUAACGGUGCACCAGCACGAGAUCCCGGCGUUGCUACACUCAUCUUCCUGCUUCUUCUUCAUUUUGAGUGCGUAUUUCGUAGUUCUUCCACUCCGCGAUGAAGGAGCAAUAUCGCUGGGAUUAUCAAAGCUCCCAGGCCUCUUCGUCGGAUCCUUAUUACUCACUCUCAUUGCUGCUCCUCUUUCCACCUUCAUCUUCUCUUUGCCCAAUUUAUCCAAAUCUAAGGCAUUGGUUAUAAUACAUAGAUUCUUUAGUCUGUCGCUUGUUCUAUGUUUCCUUCUUUGGCGGGCCUCCCCAACAGAGUCUAAUUCAAAGGAUGCAGUUGAGGCGGCAUCCGGCCUAAUAAAAGACCCAAAAUUUGGUGUAGAUGGAGCUAAUCCUGCUACUGGAUGGGACAACCAUGGCUGGUUUUACAUUUCUGUUCGAGUUGGAUUUUUCCUUUGGGUUGCGUUGCUUAAUCUUGUCGCUAUGUCUUCAACGUGGGCUAGAAUAAUAGACGUUAUGGAUAGUGAGUCAGGUGCAAGAUUGUUUGGUUUUGUUGGUGCUGGUGCUACCCUUGGACAGCUUUUUGGAUCAGUAUUUGCUGCUGCCACUGCUUGGAUGGGUCCAUAUCUACUUCUAUUUGCUGCUCUUUUGAUGGAAUUUGCUGCACAGGCUUCUAAAGGGAUCACCAAUGAUAUUUCCCAGUCCUCUGAGGAGUUGUCUCCUCUAAGGGGAACUGAUAAUGAUCAUCAACGUGAGAGAAAACAGGAAGCUACUUCUCCAAAAGUUGGUUCUCCAAAAGUUGCUUCUCCUAAAUCGCCUAUCUCCACAACCAGACCUCAGCUUUGGGCCAUCUUAGAUGGCAUGAGACUUAUACUAGCAUCGCCUUAUCUUUUGCUAGUGUCUUUGUUCCUUUGGCUCGGUGCGGUCAUCUCCUCAUUCUUCUAUUUCCAAAAAGUGAAUAUAAUUGCCACGACAAUCAAAUCAUCCAUUGGUCGAAGAAGACUGUUUGCCCAGAUAAAUAGCUUCGUUGCAGUUUUCAUACUCAUUGGACAACUGACUUUAACGGGCCGGAUCUUGACUGUAGCUGGUGUCACGGUUGCAAUAUCUGCAUCUCCAUUUGUUGCACUUGGGAAUUUGGUUGCUAUUGCCAUAUGGCCAACUUGGGUUACAGUUGCUGUAUCUGAAACCUUGAGAAAGGUGACAACUUAUGUUGUAACUAGACCUGGAAGGGAACUCUUGUUCACAGUUGUCUCGCAAGACGAGAAAUACAAAGCUAAGGUAUGCAUAGAUGUGAUUGUUCAACGGCUUGGAGAUGCUGCAGCGGCGGGACUAUUUGAAGUCCUGACCAUUGCUCUUGGCGGUCAAACAUCAACUGCUUCACUCUAUGCCUUGCCAGUGUGUUUAAUAUGGAUAGUCACGGCGUUCUUCUUGGGACGGCGACAAGAACAAUUGGCGAAACCCCAGGAGUUAUGGAAAAGCAACUUAAACCCCACCGACAUGAAGGAUCACAAGGCGGAGUAAUGGUUUAGCUUAAAGAACACAGAUUUUGGAUUCUGCUGAUAAAUAUACAAAGGGAUAUUUC